AAAAUGCAACGGGUUCACUUUUUAGGCUGACUUGCAACAUAUACAUAUAUUUUGUCUUCAAGGACGUUAAACGUGUGUGAUGAGAGAGAGACGCACACGCACACACACACACACACACACACACACACAGAGAGCAAGAGAGAAGCAGAGCAGUGUGGCAGCCAUCCAGGCAGAAGGAGAGGAAAGACCGAGUCGACGCAGCCUAAGCCGAGCACGGUGAUGUCUCUGCGGGACGAGUUGUUGAAGUCCAUCUGGCACGCCUUCACGGCCCUGGACGUGGACAAGAGUGGAAAAGUGUCCAAAUCUCAGCUCAAGGUGUUGUCGCACAACUUGUGUACAGUGAUGAGGAUCCCCCACGACCCCGUGGCUCUGGAAGAACAUUUCAAAGAUGACGACGAAGGGCCAGUCUCCAACCAGGGAUACAUGCCUUACCUCAACAAGUUCAUCCUGGAUAAGGUGACGGACAACUUUGACCGGCAAGACUUCGACAGGAUGUGCUGGACUUUAUGCUCCAGGAAGAACCUGGACCAGAACCACCUACUCAUAUCCAAUGAAGACGCCUUCAAAAUCUGGUGCAUCUUUAACUUUUUGUCCGAGGAUAGCUACCCACCGGUCAUCGUCACGGAGGAGAUGGAGUACUUCCUGCGUAAGAUGACGGAGGCGAUGGGGGGCAGCUGGGUGGAGGAGCGCUUCGAGGACUACAAGCUGCAGAUGCUCUCGCAGCAGCAGCAGAGCAUCAGUGUGUGGCAGCUCAUCACUCUGGUGGGCUCCGGACACUUCAGCAAGGGCAUGGACCAACAGACCCUCUCCAUGGGCAUCCACGAGCUCCACCAGGAGCUCAUCUUGGACGUGCUCAAGCAGGGCUACAUGAUGAAGAAAGGCCACAAGAGGAAGAACUGGACGGAACGCUGGUUCACGCUGAACCCCAACUCCAUCUCCUACUAUGUGAGCGAGGACCAGGCUGAGAAGAAGGGGGACAUCUUGUUGGAUGAACACUGCAGUGUGGAGCCUCUGGCGGACAAAGACGGGAAGAAGUGUCUCUUCUUCAUCAGAUCCUCACACAAGAGUUUUGAGAUCAGUGCGUCGGACAAGAAGAAGAAGCAGGAGUGGAUUCAGGCCAUCCAGACAUGCGUGAAUCUGCUGCGAGUGGGCCGUCAGGCGCCGCACCGCGAGUUGCGCCACAAACGUCGGGAGUUGCGCCUCAAGCAGCAGGCUGACCAGGAGGAGCUGCGGGUCAUGAUGAACGAGCUGCAGACGGCCAACGAGGCCAAGCAGCAUGAGCUGGAGGACAUGAGAAAGGCUCUGGAGGAAGCGGCAGCCAACGCAGCAGAGGAAGAGCGGCGGCGGCUUCAGACCCAGGCCGACCUCCAGGAUCGCUACAGGGUGGACCUGGAGAGAGAGAAGAUGGUGAGGCAGCAGAUGGAGGAGCAGGUGGCCCAGAAGUCCACGGAGCUGGAGCAGUACCUGCAGAGGGUCCGCGAGAUGGAGGACAUGUACCGCCGGCUGGAGGACGCCCUGGAGGACGAGCGGCGCGCUCGCCAGGAUGAAGAAACUGUCCGCAAGCUGCAGGCCAGGUUGCUGGAGGAAGAGGUAGCUAAGCGGGCCGAACUGGAGGAGAUCCACCUAAGGCAGCAGCGAGCCAUCUCGGAGACAGAGGCUGAGAAGCAAGAGCUGCACAAGGAGCGGCUGGCCAAGGAAAGCGCCCUGAAAGAUGCCAUGACGCAGCUGCAGCAGCUGGAGCAGGACAGGCAGGGGGCCCUGGAGCAGUACCAGACAGUGAUGAAGAAGCUGGAGGACGCCACCAACAACACAAAGACGUGGAAGCACAAAGUGGCCGAACACGAGGGCUUCAUGCGCCUCAUUCAGCCAGGCUCCAAGGGUCAUCAGAUGAUCACAAACUGGGGUCCGGCCGCAUUCUCGGAUGCAGAGCUGAGCCUGAGGGAGAAGAAAUGGCAGGAAAUGAAGAACCAGGUGACACAGGCGCAGUAGACAACAGCAACAAACAUGUCCUGUUUUUAUAAGUUGUUCUCACCACCUACCUAAAUUGUAGGCAACCCAAAAUAUUAGGAAACAUCAUCUUAAUAAAACACUGAACUUCAAUAUUGUGUAAUGGCGGCCAUACCUAAUCAAGUGUCCAAUACUUUUUGUCACUCAUAAUUACAAUAAUUGUUGUCACUCAUAAUUAAGAUUAAUAUGUAAAUACGUUAUUUUUAACUCUUGAUUAGGUAUAACUCACAUGCUAAUAAUAACCAGCGAACACUUUAACACUGUUGUAUUUAGCGUAGCACAAGCGGAUGGAUGGAUGGAUGGAUGGACAAGCGUGUGAUGUCAAUUAUACAUGUGAACAAAUAUGAACUGUGGAAUAAAAACUUGUUGGAAAACUCAA